AUGACUACUGCUUCUGUCUGUUUUGGCUGUAAAUUUCUGCUAGUAAGACUCUGGGGCGGCUGUGUAGUUUCACCCUGCUUAAGGAGUGCUGAUGCAAGGUGUUUGUUGUAUCUGAGAAUUCAGAAUAUGGGUUCUCGGUUUCCAUCCCACCAAUUAAGCAAUGGGCUUUAUGUCUCUGGGCGACCUGAGCAACCAAAGGAGAAGGCUCCGGUUGUUUGCUCUGCAGCUAUGCCAUACACUGGGGGUGACAUCAAGAAAUCAGGAGAACUAGGGAAAAUGUUUGAUCUCCAUGCUGAGAAGUCACGGAAAUCUGGCCCUUUGGGUAAUCAACCUUCAAGGAAUACUUCAUUUGGUGGUGCUGCUUCCAAUUCUGGACCAGUAUCUAGUGCUGCUUCUCGAUCCAACUACUCUGGCUCUAUUUCAGCAGCGGUUCCUGGCACUGGAGGUUCUGCAAGGGCAAAAUCUAAUUCUGGACCGCUCAAUAAGCAUGGAGAACCAACAAAGAGAUCCUCUGGCCCCCAGUCAGGAGGAGUGACCCCAAUGGCUCGCCAGAAUUCUGGCCAUCUACCGCCUAUUCUUCCGACAACUGGGCUCAUCACAUCAGGACCUAUCUCCUCUGGACAGUUGAACUCAUCUGGUGCUCUACGAAAAGUAUCAGGCACUCUUGAUUCUACUGUUUCGAUGAAGAUGCGUGCCACCUCUUCUGCUUACAACCCGGCUGUUACAAAUCUUAAUGAGCAAAAUAGCUACUCAAUUAAGGCCAGUUUGCCAAAGCCGAUACUAUGGGCGGCUAUUCUGCUCUUUGCGAUGGGGUUCAUAGCAGGUGGCUUCAUUCUAGCUGCUGUUCAUAAUUCGAUUUUGCUGGUAGUUGUUGUGGUGAUAUUUGGAUUUGUUGCUGCGCUCUUGGUUUGGAACAUUUGCUGGGGAACAAGAGGCAUGACUAGAUUUGUCAGUCGCUAUCCUGAUGCUGAUCUUAGAAUUGCGAAAGAUGGAGAGUAUGUGAAGGUCACAGGGGUUGUUACUUGUGGAAAUUUCCCCCUAGAGUCCUCAUUUCAAAGGGUUCCAAGAUGUGUAUACACUUCGUCCUGCUUGUAUGAGUAUAGGGGCUGGGACUCAAAAGCUGCCAACACUCAGCAUCGCCGAUUUACUUGGGGAUUACGUUCAAUUGAACGGCAUGCGGUCGAUUUCUACAUCUCUGAUUUCCAAUCUGGGCUGCGAGCAUUGGUCAAAAUAGGAUAUGGUGCACGGCUAAUCCCAUAUGUCGAUGAAGCUGUUGUUAUUGACAUAAAUCCAGAAAACAAGGACAUGUCCCCUGAAUUUUUGAGAUGGCUACGGGAAAGGAACCUCUCAAGUGAUGAUCGUAUAAUGCGCCUAAAAGAAGGAUACAUUAAGGAGGGAAACACUGUUAGUGUCAUCGGUGUUGUUCAAAGGAACGAUAAUGUGCUGAUGAUUGUUCCACCACCUGAACCCUUCAACACUGGUUGCCAGUGGGGCAAGUGCCUCCUCCCAACUAGCCUUGAUGGACUAGUCUUAAGAUGUGAAGACACGUCGAACGGUGAUGUAAUUCCAGUAUAG